UGUGUGUCACGUCUGCUGUGUUUCUUUCUUCUUCUUCUGCUGUUUUCUGUCGCGCCGCGUUGGUCGAGCGAUCAUCAUCAGACUGCAGUGAGCAUGUUCCUCAACACUCUGACCCCUAAGUUUUACGUGGCGCUGACGGGCACCUCAUCCCUCAUUUCUGGACUCAUACUGAUCUUCGAGUGGUGGUACUUCAGGAAGUAUGGGACGUCCUUCAUCGAGCAGGUGUCUGUCAGUCAUCUGCGUCCUCUGUUAGGUGGAGUUGAUAACAGCUCGCCCAACAGCUCCAGCAGCAGCAGCAGUAACGGAGACGCCGACUCCAGCCGGCAGAGUGUGUCAGAGUGUAAGGUUUGGCGAAAUCCUCUCAAUCUAUUCAGAGGAGCUGAAUAUAACCGAUACACGUGGGUGACGGGAAGAGAGCCGCUCACAUACUACGACAUGAAUCUGUCGGCACAAGAUCAUCAGACCUUCUUCACGUGUGAUUCUGAUCACCUGCGGCCUGCAGACGCCAUAAUGCAGAAGGCCUGGAGAGAGAGGAAUCCUCAGGCUCGGAUCACAGCCGCUCAUGAAGCUCUGGAUCUGGAGGAUUGUGCGACGGCGUAUAUUCUCCUGGCUGAGGAAGAAGCCACGACGAUCGUGGAGGCAGAGAAACUCUUCAAACAGGCGCUGAAGAUCGGAGAGAGCUGCUACCGGCGCAGCCAACAACUACAGCAUCACGGAGCACAGUAUGAAGCCCAGCACAGAAGGGACACAAACGUGUUGGUCUACAUCAAGAGAAGACUCGCCAUGUGCUCCAGAAAGCUCGGCCGCACACGAGAAGCUGUCAAGAUGAUGCGAGACUGCUACACAACCCUGUUGAUUAUCAGAGUCUCACCGAUGACAUCAGCGAAACAAGAGAAGCAUUACAGUAACAGAGAAAAGAGGAACAAACACAUGAAACAAAACUCCGACAUCAGUUUGCCAAAGUCUGCAACCAUCUGCUACACAGCGGCGCUGCUGAAGGCCAGAGCCGUGUCUGACAAGUUUUCUCCAGAGGCGGCGUCACGCAGAGGGUUGAGCACAGCAGAAAUGAACGCAGUAGAAGCCAUACACAGAGCGGUGGAGUUCAAUCCACACGUACCGAAAUACCUCUUAGAGAUGAAGAGUUUGAUUCUGCCUCCGGAGCACAUCCUGAAGCGCGGCGACAGCGAAGCCAUCGCCUACACCUUCUUCCACCUGCAGCACUGGAAGCGUGUGGAGGGCGCGCUCAACCUGCUCCACUGCACCUGGGAGGGGACUUUCAGAAUGAUUCCAUAUCCUCUGGAGAAAGGCCACCUGUUCUAUCCGUAUCCCGUCUGUACAGAGACAGCGGACAGAGAACUGCUACCAAUGUUCCACGAGGUGUCAGUGUAUCCCAAGAAGGAGCUGCCGUUCUUCAUCCUGUUCACGGCGGGUCUCUGCUCCUUCACAGCUAUGCUGGCGCUCCUCACGCAUCAGUUCCCAGAGCUCAUGGGAGUGUUUGCUAAAGCCUUCCUGAGCACUCUGUUCGCUCCGCUGAACUUCAUCAUGGAGAAGGUGGAGAGCAUUCUUCCCUCGAGUCUGUGGCACCAGCUCACGCGGAUCUGAUCUCACGGAUAUGCAUUAUUAUUGACUGAGGUGCCAAGUUCUUCAGAAGUGCCCCGACAGCCAGGAAACAAGAGAAACACAACCCACAUCAGACGCAGAAGGAAUUUAUUUCCCCCUCGAUCUCCUGUAAAUCUUUUCUGUUGAAAACUUUUAAACGCCAUCAGUAUCUAAAGAAACAAUAAAUCAAUUUCUGUACUGCGGCAAAACAGACGUCUCCAUUUUUGAA